UGACAAGGUUGUCGACCGCUGACUUAAUCUAAUGCUGUAACCUAUUGAUAACACAAUACGAUGCCGGGGUCAACACCCAGAGACAACUUCGAAGCCUCAGUGACUAAGUAAUAAUCGCGGCUUACAAAUCUAAAUACGCGACGUUCGUGACACGAAAACCGCGCACUACACAAAAGACCCCACUCAAACAUAGCUAAAAAUUUUAAAAACAAAAAGUUCUCGCAUUACACAAGUAAGUUACAAAUAUAGAAACACGCAUUGCGAACUUAUCAUAAUAACAAUGAGCAUAAUGCAACACUUGUGUUUAAGAGAAAUAGAUUUGCUUGUUUCGCUGCGUAUCGAAAUACUGACGAAAGCGUCGGGGAAGGGACGCCGGCCUUAUUGGCGUUGCGACAGCGCGCCGCCGGUGACAACACCGCGAGAUGGUCCGUCUGCGGAGCGACUGCAUUAGUGAAAUGUGGUCGUUACUGAUCGUCGUGAGCUCCGCGAGUGUCUGUCGGGGAUUUAACGUGAACGACACAUUCUUCAACUCCAUACCUCCGCUUUAUGCCCUGGACGAUUGGACACAAUGCCAGCAAGCCGGAGACGUGUACUGUACUGUCGACGCCGUGCUGAAAGUGGCGGAACCAAAAUCAUCAUUACUCAGUUUAUUACAGGAAUAUUCAAGUCAAACACUGAAGCACUACAACAGAACUCAGAUACACCGCGGCGUCUGUGUGUCCAGAUGUCGGAGGGAGCAGCCGGCUGACACGUCAUGGAACUCAGUCCAGAAUUGUGUCAAUCAAAGCGUUUUGAAAUAUGGUUUGCAGGCCGAACUGCUGUCCAUGGACUGGUGCGUCAGCCAAGACGCGAAGCCAGUGAGUGGCUCAGCGCGGGCUCUUGCUGUUUUCUGCACAACAUUAGUUGCGAUCGCCUGUCUCGCGACAGUGCUGCACGUGUUGGCUGAAAGAUGCGUUAAAGUUGACGGAAAUAAAUACUUAAUGGCAUUUUCUCUGAAACGUAACUUGGACGUUUUGAUUCGCAAUCGAUGCGGCCCGAAGACUCAACCAAGACUGAAGGACGUUGCCAGCAUCGAAGGUAUCAGGUUCUUCGGCAUGCAGUGUGUUAUAUUUUCAAACGUUUUGAUAUUUUACGUUUAUUCCUACACAGACAAUCCGGAGUUUAUUGAAAAACUGUACGAUCAGUUCCCUUGGCAGAUGAUAGUCAAUUCUCCGCUAUGGGUCCAAGCGUUCUUCUCUAUCUCGGGGUUCUUGACCGCGUACACGGUUCUGUUGUCUUCCGAGAAACGUUCACUAACGAUCUUCAGCUGUCUUCAGUCAGUUUUAAAUCGAUGGAUCAGACUAACGCCGAUGGCGCUGUUUGCGCUAUGGUUCACGAUAGCCUGGUUCCCAAUGUUGGGCUCUGGCCCGCAGUGGGCGUGGCUGGUGGAUAGAGAAGCUAAGGAUUGCUCAGAGCGAUGGUGGUACCACAUUUUGUAUAUCCAAAACUUUUUGCCGAGCGGAAAGUUCUGCAUGGGACAUACCUGGUAUUUAGCAGCAUCCAUGCAGCUCCACGUAUUAGGAAUGAUACUCCUAGUUAUCCUCAUGAAGUACCGGAGUGCCACCGCUCUCGUCCUGAUGAUCUUCAUGGCCGGUCCUGCAGCAGCAACAGGCUUCGUCGUGUACUGGCACGACCUCAUGCCAAUUGCAACUGCUUAUUCGCCGGAGCUUAUCCGGACGAUAUUUGCUGGAUCUGAGAUCCUGUCGCUGGUGCUGCUGCCUUUCUGGAUGAACCUGCCCGGCUACAUCGGGGGCGUGGCGGUGGCCUUCCUUCUGUACCAUAACCAGACGAGCGGGAACAAGCUGGCCAGGAAUAUGUCGUUUAACGUGAUUUUCCACGCCGCGUUGUUUGUCGGCUUGGGCGUGACGCUGGGCGGCAGUGUGUUCCUCCGGACGGCGUGGCCGCCCUGGGCCGCCGCCCUGUACGCGGCUCUGGACCGGACCCUGGUCGCUGUGUGCUUCAAUCUCUUCCUACUCGGCUGCUUCAGCCGCUGUAAAUCGUUGGUACGAGACGCGCUGGAAUGGCGCGGCUUCCACGCUCUGGGCAGGCUCUCGUACUGCGUGUUCCUGGUGCACUUCACGGUCCUCAGGCUCACGAUGGCGGAGAACACCCACGUGGGACACAUCAGUCUGUUCUCAUUACUUUCACUGUUCAUCACAACUUCGGUGCUAUCAUACGCGGUGUCGGUGCCUCUGUGUCUCCUCGUAGAGCUGCCCGGGCUGCAGCUCUGGAACGCGAUCGCUUCAGACCAAACGAGGGAAAUGCCCGCCGCGGAAACCCCAACUCGAAGACCAGACAAACCUUGCGAUCUGGUCUCGCAAGUUCGGCGAAGACACGAAUAUUGUUGAUUAAAUGAGGCUGUCAGCGUAAAAAUGGCUUAACCCACAAUUUUUCAUAAUCAUUUUAUUUUUAUUUUAUUUUUUCCCACCUAGCUGAUA